CCGCCAGGUGCUUCUUCCAUCCAUUGUUCCGAAACCUUUCCCAAGUAUAGCUCCCACCAGAACAAAGAGGGUGGACGACCCGUCGGCUACCUGACGACAGUGAAUGCGUUGAAAGCUACAUGUCUUCCCUUGAUUGGUUCCGUUUUCUCAUCCACAUCCACAAGGAGGCUUUACCGCGCAGGCUCAAUCGUACUGUCGACAUGGAUCCUUUCAUCGCAAGACCGUGUGCGAUCACGCUACGUGAGACGGCUUCUUGCAACCAUUGUGAAUAGGGGUUAGUCUCUUCGACUCUUCCUCAGAGCACUUCCCGCAUAUGAUAAAACGCUUACUCAGGACUAUAUCUGGCUCGACACAAGCCCUUUCUUUGCGCCGCGCCAACAAUGGUGUUGGCCAAGGACUGGCAGAUGACCCCCUACGUCAAGAAGAGUAUCGAGUAUUUCAAGACGAAAAUCAAGAAGGUCUUCAUUCGGGCGAAUCUCUCAGUUUACUAUCGGAAAUCAUGGCUUGGAGUCUCAUCAGCAAUGAGACUUUGGCGGGUGUUUCGGAGCACCGCCCAACAAUGGCUGGAAGAUGUGUUCGACGUCCCCGAGGACUUUAAGGCUGCGUUGAAGUCGUGUCGAGCAUCGGCAAUGUCUCACAUAUCCCAAGGAAGGGUCACAGUUCCUUCCGAGCUGAUCAUCGACUACAAGUCCAUCACCGAUGAUGAUGCAUUGCGCGCAACCGAGGAGAAAACUAGGGCGGCCGUGGCACAUGCGCUUCGAUCGGGACUUCAGAUGGCCGCGACUGCCAACGGCACGAGCGCGGCUGAUGACAAGAGCCAAGGCAGUAAUGAUGAUGCAAAGUGAGAGCCCGGAUCUUGCUGUAAGGUGUCAUAGGUUUGAUAGAUAAGGAAGAAGAAGACAUAUGGA